UGUUCACGUAUAGCUGACAAGUGGUGAUAAUUUCGCUCUUCUGGAACCAAACUUUGUUCUAGCGAGACCUCACGAAUUUUUUUGAACAACUAACAACAUGAACGGUAUUCACCGCACGUCUCCAAAUAUCCUAAUUACAGGGACUCCAGGUGUCGGAAAAAGCACAACGUGUCGAUUACUGGCUGAAAAAACUGGACUCACCUGGCUUGAGGUCAGCAAAAUAGCGAUAGAAAACAGAUGCCUUGAAGAAUAUGAUGAAGUCUAUCGAUGUCCCGUUCUGAAUGAGGAUAAACUUCUGGAUGGAAUGGAAAGUUCUAUGCAGCAGGGAGGUAAAAUCGUGGAUUAUCAUGGAGCCGAAUUUUUCCCUGAGCGAUGGUUCGACAUAGUAUUCGUGUUACGAGCUGACAAUACGAUAUUGUAUGAUCGUUUGGCAGCUAGGGGUUACACAGGAAAAAAACUAGAGGAUAAUAUAGAUUGUGAAAUAUUUCAAACGAUAUUGGAUGAGGCUAAAGCAUCUUACAAGGACGAAAUAGUUCAUGAAUUGCAGAGUAAUACCAAUGAGGAAAUGGAAGAAAAUGUCAACAGAAUAUGCCAGUGGAUAGACCAGUGGAAAAUUGAUAAUCAAUAAAGACGAAAUUUUUACACUGAC